AUGCACGCCGCCCUGGCGGGGCCGCUGCUCGCCGCCCUCCUCGCCACCGCCCGCGCCCACCCGCAGCCCCUGGACGGAGGACAGUGCCGGCCGCCCGGAUCGCAAAGGGACCUCAACUCCUUCCUGUGGACUAUUCGGCGCGACCCCCCGGCCUAUCUGUUUGGCACCAUCCACGUCCCCUACACCCGCGUCUGGGACUUUAUCCCAGACAACUCCAAGGCAGCCUUCCAGGCCAGUGCCCGCGUCUACUUUGAGCUGGACCUGACGGACCCCUAUACCAUCUCGGCGCUGGCCAGCUGCCAGCUGCUGCCCCACGGGGAGAACCUGCAGGACGUGCUGCCCCGCGAACUCUACUGGCGCCUGAAGCGCCACCUGGACUACGUAAAGCUGAUGAUGCCCUCUUGGAUGACACCUGCACAGCGGGGCAAGGGGCUCUACGCCGACUACCUGUUCAAUGCCAUCGCGGGCAACUGGGAGCGCAAGAGGCCCGUGUGGGUGAUGCUGAUGGUGAACUCACUCACAGAGACCGACGUGCGCUCCCGGGGCGUGCCCGUGCUCGACCUGUACCUGGCCCAGCAGGCCGAGAAGAUGAAGAAGAGCACAGGGGCUGUGGAGCGGGUGGAGGAGCAGUGCCACCCGCUCAACGGGCUCAACUUCUCCCAGGUGCUGUUUGCCCUGAACCAGACGCUACUGCAGCAUGAGAGCGUGCGGGCUGGGAGCCUGCAGGCGCCCUACACCACGGAGGACCUCAUCAAGCACUACAACUGCGGAGAUCUCAACGCUGUCAUCUUCAACCAUGACACAUCACAGCUGCCCAACUUUAUCAACACCACCCUCCCGCCGCAUGAGCAGGUGACAGCCCAGGAAAUCGACAGCUACUUCCGCCAGGAGCUCAUCUACAAGAGAAAUGAGCGGAUGGGGAAGAGGGUCAUGGCACUUCUUCAGGAGAAUGAAGACAAGAUCUGCUUCUUUGCCUUCGGAGCAGGUCACUUUCUGGGGAACAACACAGUCAUUGACGUCCUCCGGCAGGCAGGGCUGGAGGUGGAACACACGCCCGCAGGGCAGACCAUCCACAGCCCUCCUGCCAGGAGCCCUGCACCACCAUCUGAGGGGACCUCAGCGAGCCCAGCCCCAGUGACCCCAGCUGCUGUUGUGCCAGCAGCACCCUCGGUGACCCCCACGGCCCCACCCGAAGAGGAGGACCCAGCCCUAUCCCCACACCUCCUGCUCCCCGACAGCCUCAGCCAGCUGGAGGAGUUCGGGCGGCAGAAGAAGUGGCACAAGAGGCAGAAUAAACACCAGCGGCCGCGGCAGUUCAAUGACCUCUGGGUCCGCAUCGAGGACAGCACCACCGCCUCGCCACCCCCGCUGCCCCUCCAGCCCACGCACAGCUCUGGGACCGCCAGGCCCUCCUUCCAGCUCUCCGACCAGCUCCAGCAGCAGGAAGAGCUGGGCUCUGCCAGCAGCUCAGCGCCUGCCCGUUUGCAGCCGGCCCUGGGCCUCCUCCCUGCCGUCGUCGUCGCUGCCAGCGCGGCAGCCUCCUUCCUACUGCGUACCCUCGGGCCCUCCUGACCUCGACUGCCCCAUGCGGAGAAGCCAGAGGAACCACAGGAGG